AUGCUUUCUUUUUUACGUUUUCUUCCUCUGUGCAUUCUUAGGCUUUCUCCUCCUUCUUAUUCUCUUUUUUUCAUCCGUUCCUAUACUUUCUUUAUUACUUCUACUUUUUCUUUCUUUAUCCAUUCUAACGACUUCUCUUUCUGCUUUUAUCUAUUCUUACACAUUCAUUUUUUACUUCUUCAUUCUUUCUUUUUUUUAUUUCUCCUUUUUCUUUUUCUAGCCAUUCUUACGGCUUUUUUUACAUUCUUCUUCUUCUUCUUCUUCUUCUUCUUCUGUCAAUUCCUUUGGCUUUGUUUUCUCCUUCUUUACUUCUUACAUCUUCUUUUUCGACUGUCCGCUCUCAGGCUUUCGUCUUCUUCCCCUCCUCCUCCUCCUCCUAUUUCUAUCCAUUUUUUGAUAUUUUCUUUUAUUUUUUUUAUUUCUUCUGAGGUUUCAUCUCAUUUUUCUUUUGAUCUUAAUGUAAAACUUGUUCGUCUUCAUUUUUCUUUUUUCUUUACUGAGGCUGUUCUUCUAUUGUCCAACUUUUUCUUUCUUUUCCUCUCUUUCCUUUUUUUUUUUUUUUGUUGUUGUUGUCGUUGUUGUUUUACCUCCUGUGAAAUCCGGGUCAUAUGUACUCAACUUCCCUCUCACCUUUGUGCUUUUCUCCCUCUCUGA